GAAUUAAUUAUUAUUUCCCCCAACCCGAAGCGUUCACACUCAUGAGUCCGUUUAGUCAUCGUUGUGAUUUGCUAUUAACGCAGGAUUGAUCUCCUUUGCUUUUAGACAUUGAAAGAGAGAAAGAAACACAGCACACUAUAUUAAGGUUGUAGUGUUAUCUCGAUCUGUGAUCUAAGCCUACCUUGAGAAGAGACAGAGUUUUAUUGUUUCCUUGUCUUCUUUUUGUACUUUCAGGCAGUCUCUUUCAUUUGAUUCUAGUGUUGUCACUGUCACUCUGCUUGUUUCUGUGGUAGAUUUCCUAAGUUGCUGUUCACGUUUGAUUUUAUUUUGUUGUUAUAACAUCUUUCAGCUUUUUCUUAAAUCGUUUUCAUUCACUUUCAAAAAAAAAAAAAAAAAGAAGAAGUUUGAGUAGCUCCUCAAUCGUUGGUAUAUAUAUUACAUAUAUAUCGCAAAGGGAGUUACUGCUGCUCCUUGUCAUCUUUUGUUCACUCUGCAGUAGAUUUUCUAUAUUUCGAUUGUCGUUUGAUUUGUUUUGCUAUUGCCCCACCUUUUUGCUUCUACUUGCCGAAAACACAACAGAAAACCAAAAAAAAAAAAAAAAAGAUUUGGAUACUCUGUUCUGAAGCUGCGCACUCUGCUCAAUUUAAUUAUACAGAACAAGAAAGGGAAUAUCAAAGCCAGGUAAGUAAUGGAGUGUCUGAUGGCGAUUGGUACUUGGAUUACUGGAAAAAUAGCUGAUUACACAGUUGCACCUGUUGGCCAUAAAUUGGGCUAUAUCUUCCACUACAAACGCAAUGUUGGAAACCUUAUAAGUGAAACUCAGGAUUUGAAUCUUGAGAAAAGAAGGAUUGAAGACUUGGUGGAUGUCGCUAGAAGAAAUGGUGAAGAAAUCCAUGACCAUGUUAAUGACUGGCUAUGCAAAGUUGGUGAGAUCACUAAGGAAGCCGAAAAGCUUUUAGGAGAUGAAAACCACACAGAUAUCAAGUGUACUUUCAGGGCGUCCUUUCAGAAUUUGGUGCAACGGUAUCGACUAGGUAGGAAGGCCGAGAAGAUGGGCGAAUCUGUUGUCAAAAUCAGAGGCAAGGUCCGGUUUGACAGCAUCUCUUACCGUCCAAAAUUGCGAAGUAAUUUCCGAAAUAAAGAUUUCAUAAACUUUGAUACAAGAAAGGAAAUUACGACGAGAAUCAUGGAGGCAUUGGAGGAUGGCAAUGUCAAAAUGGUUGGAGUGUAUGGCAUGCCUGGUGCAGGCAAAACCACACUCGUUAAAGAAAUUGCCAAAGAGGCCUUAGACAAGAGUUUAUUCAAAGAUGCAAUUGUGAUUACCGUAUCACAAACUCCAAACCUCAAAAAUAUCCAACGAGAAGUUGCAGAGAAACUAGAUCUAAAGCUCGAUAAAAAAAGUAUUGGUGAAAGAUCACUUCUGCUACAAAAUAGAUUGAAGGGUGAAGAGAAGUUUCUUAUAAUUCUCGAUGAUGUUUGGAAUAAUGAACUAAACCUUGAGGAUGUUGGAAUAGUUUUUGAAAGUGAUGAUCAGAAGGGAAUCAAAAUAUUGUUGACUUCUCGAUUUGAACGAGUGUUAAAUGAUGAUAUGGGUGUCCAAAAGUCUUUCCCAAUUGAGCUUCUAUCAGAAGAUGAAGCUUGGGAUUUGUUUAGCCACAUUGUGGGUGAUUCGGUUAAAAAUCCUGAUUUCCGACAAUGUGGAGAAGAGAUUGUUGAAGAAUGUGCAUGCCUACCAAUUGCCGUUGUAACAAUUGCACAUGCAUUGAAAAAUCGAGCCUUGCCUUUUUGGAGAGAUGCCUUGGGACAACUACAGAGGUCGAACCUGACUAUCAAGGACAUGCAUGAGAAAGUGUACUCUCGUAUCAAGCUCUGUUAUGAUUAUUUACAGAGUGAAGAAGCAAAGUCAUUGCUUUUACUUUGCUGCCUGGGUGGAGAAGAUGCAAUCAUACAAAUGGAGUAUUUGAUGAGAUUUGGUAUAGGCUUGGACAUCUUUAAAGGAGUCCGGACACUACAAGAGGCAAGAGACAGAGUCUAUAGUUUGGUUGAUGACCUAAAGGAUCGUUGUUUGUUGUUGGAUGGCGACGAGUCUGGUACAGUUAAAAUGCACGAUGUCAUUUAUGAUGUUGCCAUAUCAAUUGCAAAAGAACGUUAUAUGUAUUGUUUUAGCGAUGGUGUUGAGGUUGAAGAAUGCAAGAGGAGAAAGAAACUUGAAGAUGCAAGGGCAAUUUCAUCUAAUGGUUAUGUCAGUGCGCUCAUUUGUGAAAGUUUUGAAUACAAACAGCUUGAGUUAAUUUUGAUUGAUGAAACAGAAUCAGACACGAUCUCAAAUAAUCUUUUUGAAAAGAUGAAAGAGCUUAGAGUUUUAGGCUUCAUCAGUCAGCAUAUGGAAGUAUUACCUACAUCCUUAUGUUUCUUGCAAAACCUCCGUACGCUGUGUAUGGUUUGUGAAAAACUGGAUGAUGUAGCUUUAAUUGGAGAGCUCAAAAACUUAGAAAUUCUUGACCUUUCAGAGUCCCCCAUCGAGGAAUUGCCAACGCAAAUUGGUCAACUCACUUGUCUACGUGUCUUAGAUUUGAGCGAAUGUAAAAAACUUAGGGUGAUCCAUCCGAACAUUAUACCACAUUUGACACGUCUAGAAGAAUUGUAUAUGGAUUUUAAGAAUUGGGAUAAGGACAUUGAAGUAGUUAAUGGGGAAAAAAGAAAUGCCAGUCUUCUUGAGCUAAAACAUUUGGUUCGGUUGACCACUUUGGAAUUAAGAGUACCUGACAUCAGGAUGCUGUCACAAGACCUAUUUAGUGAAACACUGGAACGAUAUAAGAUUUUAAUACAAGUUGAUAAUGAGAAAGAGGUUGAGGAACAUAUUGGUGUUGGUCUUUCAGCACAAAUCUCACCUUCAAGAUAUUUGGCAAUAUCCAAGAACAACGAAAGCAUUAUAUUACAUGAUUAUGGUCUUGAAACUUUGUUGAGAAGGUCUCAUGUGCUGCAUUUCAGUGAAUUACAAGGUGUGAAUAAUAUUGUUUAUGAAUUAGAUAAAAAGGGCUUUCAAGAAUUGAAGCGGUUGUACUUAAAAGGGAAUGAUAAGAUUCGGUACUUGAUUAACACGAUGGAACAUAUUAAUUGUUCUGCUGCCUUUGCUAGCUUGGAAUCAUUGUCGCUUGUCAGUUUGACUAAGCUGGAGAAGAUAAGUCAUGGGGAACUCGUAGCCGAGACAUUCAAAAGAUUGAGUAUUAUAAAAGUAAGCAAAUGUGAGAGAUUGAAGAAUCUCUUGCCAUUCUCCAUUGCUACACAGCUUGAGGAAAUUGAAAUAAAGGAUUGCCAGAUGAUGGAGGAGAUAGUUACUCAUGAACUAAAUGAUGAUGAGGAGGAGGAGGAGGAUAAAAUAGUUGAUGAGUUUCCUCACUUGUGCUCCUUGAAGUUGGUAAAUGUGACAAAGCUCAGAAAAUUCUGUUCCAAAAUGAAGAAAACUCCAUCACAAAAUGAAGAGGAACCUUUGAUUGUGGAUUCCACCAUGCCCUUUUUCGACGGGAAGUUUGUUUCUUUCCCAAAAUUGGCGGAAUUGAAAUUGUCUGGAUGCGACUUCACCAAGAUAUGGGAUGACCAGUUUCAACUAAGCUCCACUUCUUUCCGUAACCUGACAAAACUGGUUUUACAAAGCUGCAACUUUAUGAAAAAUCUAUUUUCAUCUGCUGUGGCAGUGAGUUUGGAACAGCUCUGUUCCCUUGAUGUAAGUGGUUGUAGAAUGAUGGAAGAAGCUAUGACAAGGAAUGAAAGAAUAGAUAAAAUGUCGUUCCCUAAACUAAAUUUUCUGGCACUGAACAAUCUUCCAAACCUUGUGUCAUUCUCCUCUGGAAUUUUCAUUGAGUUUCCAAUGUUAGAUCAACUCUACAUUCAAGGUUGCCCUGCAUUUGAGACUUUCAUUUCCAAUACAGAACAGAACUUGUGCACUGGUACCAUGCCAUCUCUCUUCAACGAAAAGCAGGCAGCAUUCCCCAGCUUGAAUAAAGUAGUGAUUCAAGGCAUGGAUAAAUUAAGGAUGAUAUGGCAAUAUGAUGAUGAGAUCAGUACUGCAAAUUUCUUUUGCAAACUGAAAUAUGUAACAGUAAUCAAUUGCAAGAAUCUGAUGAAGAUAAUUCCAUCUAGUAUGCAGAGGAGACUCCACAAUGUAACACAUUUGUGCAUAAAUGAUUGUAAUCUGGUGGAAGAGGUAUUUGAAAUCCAAAUGUCAAAUAAUAGUGAAGAAACGUACCCUGCAGUACCCGCUCAGUUGACUGAUUUGAGGUUAUUCCGGCUAGCAAAACUCAAGUUUGUGUGGAGUAAAGAUCCUCAAGCUACUGUGACCUUCCCACAUCUAGAGAAAGUUGUAGCUUCUGAAUGUCCAAGUCUGGAAUCAAUCUUUCCACCUUCCAUUGCCAAAGGUCUUUUCCAACUUAAAGGACUGGAUAUUAAUUCCUGUGGGAUAGAAAGAAUUGUAGCUAAGGAAGAAGGAUCAGAGAAAGCACCUCCUGAGUUUGUAUUUCCACAACUAGGGGAAAUGCAACUCAAAUAUUUGCCCAAUCUUGUGUGUUUCUAUCCAAGUUUACAUACCUCAAGUUGGCCUCUGUUAACAAGGUUAUAUAUGAUUCAGUGUAUGAAGGUGAAGCUUUUUCCAUCUGAGUUCAUCCAAGAAACAAAUGUUUCAGCCCGUUGUGAAACGUUUCCAGUUGAACAAACCUCAUUUUUCACCAAGUUUUAUUUCCCUCGAUUGGAGAAGUUGCAACUGUUCAAAUUUCAUUUCCAGAAGAUAUGGGAUGACCCACUUGUACUUGGCUCUACUCCUUUCCGUCAAUUAACAAUACUGGAAGUUGUCGGCUGUGAGUUUUUGACAAGUUUGUUUCCAUCUGCUGCUAUGGCAGCAAGUUUAGAGCAUCUCAAUUCCAUUGAGAUAAGGGAAUGUAGGAAGAUGGAAGAAAUAAUAAUAAGCAGAAAUCAAAUUACGGAAAAGCUGUCAUUCUCUAAACUAAAGCGUCUGAAUCUAAGAAAUCUUCCUAGCCUUGUGAGAUUCUCCUCUGAAAUUUUCAUUGAGUUUCCAGUGCUGAAUGAACUUUCCAUUCAAGAUUGCCAUCAAUUUGGGACUUUCAUUUCCAAGUCAGAAGAGAAUUCCUGCACUACCAUUCUGUCUCUGUUCAACCAAAAGUUUGUUUCUUUCCCCAAAUUGGAGAAGUUGGAAAUUUUAGGAUGUCAUUUCAAGAAGAUAUGGGUUGAUCAACCUGUACAAUGGUCUACUUCUUUCCAUAACCUAACAAACUUGGUUAUGAUCAAGUGUGACGGUUUGAAAAAUCUAUUUUCAUAUGCUAUAUCAGCAAGUUUUGAACAACUUUGUUUCCUUGAGGUACGAGAUUGUAUAAUAAUGGAGGAAAUCGUAAUGAGCGCAAAUGAAAGGAUGGAUAAAAUGUCAUUUCCUAAACUAAGAAUGCUGAAGCUAAAAAAUCUCCCAAGCCUUGUGAGAUUCUCAUCUGCAAAUUUCAUUGAGUUUCCUCAGUUAACUGAACUUUCCAUGAAGGGUUGUUCAAAAUUUGGCACAUCCAUUUCUCUAUCAGAGGAUAACUUGUGCACCACUGUGUCGUCUGUCUUCAACAAGUUUGUUUCUUUCCCCAUAUUGGAGAACUUGAAACUGUCAGGAUGUCAUUUCACCAAGAUAUGGGAUGACCAGCUUCUACCAAGCUCCUUGUCUCUCGAUAACUUAAAGAUAUUGACCUUAGACAAGUGCAAGUUUUUGAAAAAUCUAUGUACUUCUACUAUUGCAUUGAGUCUUGAAGGGCUUCGUGCCCUUCGCAUAAGAGAUUGUAAAAUGAUGGAAGAAAUAAUGAGCAAUAAUGAAAUGAUGGAAAAGGUUUCCUUCCCUGAUCUGGAAUAUUUGGAACUAGAAAAUCUGCCAAGCCUCGCAUCAUUCUCCUCUACAAUUUUCUUAGAAUUUCCACUGCUGACGACACUUUCCAUUAAUGAUUGCCUUGAACUGAAGGGUUUCAUUUCCAAGCUAGAAGAGAACUUUAGCGUCCCCAUACCACCUCUCUUCAAUGAAAAGGCUGCAUUCCCCAAGUUGAAUGGUAUGCAAAUAGGAGGCAUCGAUACAUUGAAGAUUAUAUGGCAUUCUGAACUCGCUGCAGAUUCCUUUUGCCGAUUGGAAAAUUUAACAGUUAAAAAUUGCAAGAAUCUAAUGAAGAUAAUUCCAUCUCAUAUGUAUCAUAGACUCUGCAAUCUAAAAUCUUUGGAGAUACGUCAUUGUGAAAUGAUAAAGGAGGUUGGACUUACAAGUAUGAUGUUGAUAAAUCAAGGACAAUUCACUGCAGAUUUCUUUGGGAAAUUGGAAGAAAUAAAUGUGUAUAACUGUAAAAGUCUAACCAAGAUGUUUUCAUAUAAUGUGCUGAUAAGGCUCCAAAAUCUAAGCAAGUUGGUCAUAUCUAAUUGUGAGAUGAUGGAAGAGGUAUUUGAUUUGGAAAUACCAAAUGAUCAUCAAGAAACAUACGAGAUAACUCACUUUCAAUUGAAGGAGUUGAGUUUGGCAAUUUUACCAAAACUGAAGCAUGUUUGGAGUAAGGAUUCACGAGGAAUUUUUAAAUUCCUAGAUCUCCAAAGUUUUAUUGCUUAUCAAUGUCAAAGUCUGAAAAAUCUGUUUCCAACUUCUGUUGCCAAAAGUCUUCUCAAACUUCAAAAGUUGCACAUAACAAACUGUGCAAUAGAAGAAAUUGUUGCUAAGGAUGAGGGAAUUGAAAUAGAACCACAAAACUUUGUAUUCCCACAAUUUGAGGAACUGGUGCUUGUAAAUUUGCCCAACCUUGUGAGCUUUUAUCCAGGGCUACAUACCUCAAGUUGGCCUUCAUUAUCAAAGAUGGAUGUGGUGGAGUGUAUGAAAGUGAAGGUUUUGAUGUCAGAAGUCUUCAGCUUCCAAGAAAUACAUGGGUUAACUCAUGAUGAUAUUCCAUUUCAACAACCUUUAUUUCUUAUGGAGAAGGUUGGAGUAGGUACACCCAGAGUGAUGAUGAUAAGUCAAGACCAACUCACAGCAGGUAUCUUUGGGAAAUUGAAAGAAAUAAAAGUGAACGGCUGUAAAAGUCUAACCAAGAUGUUCUCUUCUAACAUACUAAGAAGACUCCACAACCUCAGCAAGUUGGUCAUAUCUAAUUGUGAAAUGAUGGAAGAGGUAUUUGAAAUCGAAACAUCAAAUGAUCAUCAUCAUGACAUAACGGAAGCAACAGUAACCAUUCAUUUGACAAUGCUCCAACUAUCACUUUUACCAAAAUUGAAGCAUGUUUGGAGCAACGAUCCCAGAGGAACUUUUACCUUCCAAGAUCUCCAAGAGCUCAAUGCUAAUGAAUGCCAGAGUCUGAAAAUACUCUUUCCAACUUCUGUUGCCAAAAAUCUUCUCCAAUUUCGAAGCCUAGUUAUAAGAAAUUGUGGGAUAGAGCAAAUUGUUGGUAAGGAGGAAGGACAAGACCAGGCAAUACCUACGUUUGUGUUUCCUCAAUUAAACGCUCUUACACUCCACAAUCUUCCUCAACUGAUGUGCUUCUACCCAGGAUUACACGCAUUAAGGUUGCCUUUGUUGAGAUGGUUGCAAGUGUCUUAUUUUAUGAAAGCUAAGGAUUUGUCCUUAAAAUUCCUACGCUUCCAAGACAGAAGUAGGCUGAUUGAUUAUGAGCAUAUUUCAUUCCACGAACCCCUAUUAUCAAUUGACAAGGUUACAUCUUCUAGUCAAUAUCAGGAUCCGGUUGGUGACCAAGAAGAAUGUGCGGGGACACUUUCAUGUCUAAGGGGAUUAAGACUAUAUGAUAUGCCAAACUUGUUGCAUCUGAGGGAGGAGAGCUCGCAGCCCCAGACAGUGUUUCAAAAUUUGAUAGACUUAGACAUCUUGAGAUGUGGCAGAAUAAAGAAGUUAGUGCCAUCCUCCAUCUCAUUCCAAAAUCUGGUGACUUUGAAAAUCAGACAAUGCCAUGGAAUGCCAAGUUUACUAACUUCCCAAACAGCAAGAAGUAUGGCACAACUCCAAUGUUUGAUUAUAUUUGAUUGCAAAAGAAUGGCAGAAAUAAUUGUAGACGCAGACGAAGGUGAGGAUAUAGAAGGUGGUGAAAUUACUUUUGCUCGGUUGAAAACUUUGAUACUUGAUUGUUUACCAAGCCUCACAAGCUUCUAUUUGGGGAAAUAUAUGUUGGGAUUUCCAGAUUUGGAAAAUGUAACAGUAAGUCGUUGCUUUGAAUUGCAAAGUUUCUCUCAACAUGGUCAUACAGUUAGCACCCCAAAACUUCAUAAACUAGUUACAGUAGGUGCAGAUCAUAAGGUGAUUGAUGAUAUUAAUACAAUCAUGGCUGUUAAUACCCCCAUGGAUCUUAAUACCACCAUACCAGAGCUCUGGAAUAGCCACCCCUGUACUACAUUACAAGAACUCUUCAGUGGAAAAGAUCUCGCUCCUCAAAUCUGUCUAUUGAACAAUUCAAACAUCUAAGGCCAACUACUUUCUGAAUUCAUUGCUUCAACUCCGAAGUGCACGUGUGGAGGUUACUGUGGAGAUUGGUGGCUCAUUGGGACCUCCAGGCCUCAAGAAAUCUGUCUCAAAAAGAAGAUACAUAUUGAGAGCAUAAACUGAUAAUCACAUACUUGGAAAUUGUUAAGGUCUCUUCCAUUUUCCUACAUUAAGGCUGCUCAGAAUAUAUAGCCCGCUUACAACUUUUGAUGAUCCAACCAAUUGGAAAUUACUCCUUCAAUUAUAUCAAGAAAAUUAAAUAUUUUGGAGUUAAUAUCUCUGUGUUGUGGUAUCGUAGAAGACAUUGUGUUUCAUUUGUUACUGGAAAAUGUUGAUUGUUUUAAUAAAUUGUAAAACAUCUAACGCUUUGAGAUUACGUUGAGAUACUAGUUUUGUAUGGCUUUACCCUUUUAAACAUU